AUGCUCUUCGGAAGCCAUGGUGCCGUUUACACGGCAUCAAUCUGCUCCACUUUUUGCCUAUUGGCUACAAUUGUGGUGCUACCAAUGGUGCACUUGAGUAUGCAAAAGAAGAUCAGCAUCAUGCUGGCUGACGUGGAGUUGUGCAAAGUGAGCUGGUUUUAGGGGUUUGGGUAGCUUUUUUGAUUUGAAAUAACAUUUUUUUUAAUUUUUAAAAUUUUUAAAAAAUUUUUUAAUUAUGCCAUUUUAGCUGGAAUCUCGUGACAUUUGGAAGCAAAUGACCUUUGCCCAACCCAAGUCGAAACAACGUCAACGCCGUGCCUAUGACUCCAACCCCUACGGUACAGAAGCCUCUGGCGGCGCUGGAGCCUGCUGUGCCUGUACCCAGGGCCAGCCAGGACCACGUGGACCAUCAGGAAACGAUGGUAAACCUGGAAAGGACGGCCAACCAGGCCAAGACGGUCAACCAGGUCGACCAGGCAAAUAUCUACCAGCUCCACCAGCCGGCCAAAACGCGUGCCAAAAAUGCCCUCCAGGACCAAACGGACCACCUGGUCUGCCCGGAGCUAAAGGAGCGCGUGGUCCAGCUGGUACUCCUGGAAGACCAGGCAAACCGGGAGAGAACAACCGACCAGGCCCUCCAGGACCACCGGGACCACGUGGAGAACCCGGACCACCAGGACCAAAGGGAAUUCCAGGCGACCGAGGAAAGGUACUUAAUGGUGCACCACCAGGCCCACCUGGACCAGCCGGAAGAGUGGGACCCCGCGGUCAACCCGGAGGCAGAGGUCAUGACGGUAAGCCUGGUCUUUCCGGUCCAAACGGAAUUCGUGGUCCAGUUGGAGAUCGUGGAGCACCAGGAAAUCCAGGUCUGCCUGGGCCACAAGGACCACCUGGAGAGCCAGGAAUGCCCGGUUCUUGCAGUCAUUGUGAGGGUAAUCAACAAAGUGGUGCUGGUGGAGCUUCUGGUGGGGAUAGCGGUGGUUAUACUGACAAUCAACGGUCACCUGGACCUAACGCACCAGCCGCUGGACCUUACGAAUCACAACCAGCUCGACCUCAAGUCAGUAGCUCAAGUUACGCUGGGGAAUCACAAGGAGCUGCUGGAGGAAAUGAAAAGGGAACGGAAUACCUUUGGAUGAAUUAA